AUGGCACCAGGCGCUGAACGGAAGCCAUCCGUUUCAUCACCGAUAGUUGCAUAUGCCACGGACCUCACGCAUCGCUAUCCAACCUUUCGCGAUGAAUCGUUCAAAACGACGCAUAACUGGUUGGAGGGGAGAAGGUACGACGACGGUGCGGAGGGGCUUUGGCGCAUCCAGGACGCUCUGUAUGACCUUGAAGACUUUGUUCGCACCCAUCCCGGCGGUUCCGAGUGGAUUCGCAGGACAAAGGGAACCGAUAUUACGGAAGCCUUCGAAACGCACCACAUCAUUCGAACGGCGGAGCAAAUGCUUCCCAAGUUUUACGUGCGACCCGCCAUUCAACCACGAAACGUCCGGCUGACGUUUGAUGAACACGGCUUCUUCCGCACCCUGAAGCGCCGUGUACGUCAGAAGCUGGACACUGUCGAUCCGACACCCACGAAACACUCUUGCCAGAUUGUGGACGCGCUACUACUGACGGUGCUGCUUAUGGCCUACCUGGCCGUAUACUUCGACAGCUACGCCAUCGGCUUCGUUUGUGGUGCGUUCGUGAACGCAACCAUCAUCGCGGCCCAUAACUUUCUGCACCAGCGAGAUAACUGGCGCAUGCUGGCCUUCAACAUAGCUUUUCUUAGCUACAGGGAGUGGCGCGUUUCGCAUGUGAUGUCCCACCAUCUGUACCCAAACUCGUUGCUGGACAUGGAGAUAUCCGGCUUUGAGCCGUUUCUUUGCUAUCUGCCCUGGCCGGAACUGAAGAACAGCUUCCAGCGCUAUGGAUCCUGGUUCUACGGUCCCUUCAUCUACGGAGCAAUAUUCUUAAGCGAAUACAUCAAGCGACUAAUGGACAGCGUCAACCAGGGAAAGAACCGGUUCUACCUGGACGAUCUAAUUCCGUUCCUGUUGCCUACAUUUAUGUACGUCACGAACCCGGGCAGUUUGGGUGUGGUGCUACGACUGUGGCUGUUCAUCGUGCUGAUGGGUAGCCUCUGGUUCGGACUGGUUGGCCUGAGUGCGGGCCAUCAUCAUCCCAAAGCGCUCCAUUCGGGUGACGCUUUUCCUGAUGGCGUAGAUUUUGGGUUGUACCAACUGGCCACGAUAGUGGAGCGGAAGGGUGUCACGGGUUCGCUGCUGAAGGUGCUCACCACGUUUGGCGAUCACCAUCUGCACCAUAUGUUCCCGACGCUGGACCACGCCAUCUUCCCCCAGCUCAACGAUGUGUUUGUGGAGACGUGCCGCGAAUUUAACGUCGGCAAACUAUCGAGCACGUGGUUCUCACAAUUUGUGGCUCAAAACAUACAACUGGCCCGCGUUAAGCCAAGAAUACAUCGGUGCAAUGUUGAGCUAGCUAAGUAG